CUGUGGCGCUUGCACCGCUUUUGCGAACAGUGAAUGCGAGGAACAGAGAGAAUCCACUGGCAGCAUAGGGAACAAAAACCUUCGUUCUUGUGAACGCAUGUUUUUGGUAAGAUUUGACAGUGCCAUGUCUGUGCAGUCGAAUGGCAAGCGUCAGAUAGUGUAUCAGUUCCGUCAUCUUGUUUGCUUGGCUGUAAUUAACAGUAUCUUCCAUUAAAGUCAUCAGUUUCAGUUUACUGCAAACUAGUUGGGUAGAUGUCAUCUCCAGGUAUCACGGCAUUUUCACCUAGAAAUUCGUAACUUUUUCCAAACGGCGAUUCUAGUGUACUGUGGUGCAUUGUACAACUAAAGUCCAAAACUCUUUGGCUUUGCCUCUCUCUCCCUUCUCCCUCCCUUCCUCCCAUCCCCUCCUCCGUCGGUGUGGCUCAGAGACUCUUUGACAGCCAUCUUGGAUCGUUUUUUUUUUCUCUUGCUCCGUGCUGGCUAUGUUGUAUGCUUUAGUCCGUCGUCGUUUUUGGUCGCUGUUCACUCGUGCUACACAUCGCUCGCCCUAUGUUGGGUAAAAAUAUCCGGAAUCGACAGAAGAAACGAAAUUUUGUGUGAACCUCAUCUCUGAUUGAAUAUUGAUCACGUUCAACCAUUUUGUGUCAAGUGAUUUUUACCACUGGUUUAAACCGGUUAUUUCUCCCCUUAUUCUUUCAACAAAUUCUCAGUGUCCUUCGUGGUACACUUUAAGACGGGGAAGAACGGAGUUAGUGAGUGUGUAUGUGUCUUGUGGCUGUUUGAGAUUGCAGUUGAUUUUCCAUUGUUGAAUGUGAAAGAACAGUCGCAAUAGCGGAAAAUCAUAUUGCCAUGUUUCGAACGGUGAUGCCCAGUCGACGUCAGUUUUGAACUGUGCACGAUUUGUCAUUUGGACUUGGAUAAAAAAAAAAAAAAAACGACAAACAUAUUUGUGUGAUAAACCUAUCAUGGAAACUGAAGACGAUUCACCGGUUGUUGAUCUUUCCGUCAGUAGGAAACCGGCGGAGACCGUGAAUCAACAGCGCGAGCAACAACCUUUCAAGUUCGAUUUGGCUGACCUGCCUCAGGACUUGUCCGUCCAUCGCAGCCAUUUCAGCGCUCUGGCUUCUAAUCCGACACCUGCUCACGGAGGAGGAGCGGGUUUCAGUGGCAAUGGCAACGGCGUUAGCCGGACUGCUUUGAGUCCUCUUCCAGUUCAGGCUCAUUUGCAGUCUCCUUUCAUUCCACUUCACCAUCGAUCUGGAGGAGUCACCCCAACCAACAAAAAUCCUUGGCCAAAAGACGAAAUCCAGGUGACACGCAUCGAAAAGCCUAAAGAUCGCGACGUCAGUAAAGAAAUUGAUCGGCCGAUGAAAGAUGAAAUUGAAGUAGUUCACUUAAAAGAUGGAUCACGUUCGUCCAACCGACGGUCAUUUCGCCCUCUUUCGACACGCUCGGAGAACAACCAAAUGCCCUACAAUGUGAAAAACUCCGACGAAGGACGUGUUAAUGGUUACAGUAAUGGUUACGGUAGUGCUAGCGAUAUGGAGAUAAACGAUGAAUUGCCCGAUGAUGAUGAUCUAAGCGAUGACGCCAUGGAUGGUAACCUGGAAGAUUUACCUAUGCCACCAUCGCCAGCUAGGAAGGAAAUGACUGAAACAGAGAGGCUAGAAAGUAAGCUGCUUAUACAGAGACUGCAAGCUGAACUGAGGACCGAAGAAAUGCGAUUGGUACUGCUCAAAAAGAUAAGACAAACUCAACUUUUAGCAGAUCAACAGCAGCAGCAACAACAACAGCAACAACAACAACAACAGCAACAACAACAACAACAGCAGCAGCAGCAACAACAGCAACAACAGCAGCAGCAGCAGCAACAAACGAACCUGACAAUUGCCUCGAAUUCUCACGAAGUCAAAACAGGAUCGUCAGCAAAUAGUUCGAAACAGCCUCAUCCGGCCCAUUUGUCGAUUUUGUCGCCUCAACAACAGCAUCAUAAUCUUCACGGAGCGUCGCACUUGAAAUCAAGCAGCAAAAACAAUAGCCACAUAACUUCGUCGCCGUCUUCCAGAAAUAGUUCAAAUUCACAAAAUUCGUCUCGCCAUGCCACCAACGUUGCUAAUAUGGCUAUGAGUUUGCUACACCAGCAGCAGCAACAACAGGGACAUCGCGGUACGAGCAAUAGCGUCUUAUCGCCGCUUAUGCAGCACCAACAACUUCAGCAUCAUCAACAGCAAUUGCUGAGAAAUUCGACAGGAUUACUAGCUCAUAGCAGAGCACCCAUUACGACUCCUCCCAAUGUAGUAAUGGGAUUAGCAAUCGGAUCUGGUGCACCAUCGCCUUCGUCUCCGAACGUCCAGGGACACGACAAACGUGAUAACGUGCGAAAUAACACCUCUUCGCCGAACGUUGCGCAGUCUGGCUCCUCCAGCACGCUUGGGCUUCAUCAUCAUUCAAGUGCUUCUAGCUCUCGGCAAAGUGAAGAUCCCCAAACAGCUGCACAAAGACAAGCGGCUGCCAAGUUAGCUUUAAGAAAGCAAUUGGAAAAGACUUUACUUCAGAUUCCACCACCGAAGCCCCCUCCACCCGAGAUGCAUUUUAUCCCCAAUCCGAACAAUACGGAAUUCAUCUACUUGUUGGGAUUGGAGGCUGUCGUCGAUCGACUGACGCAGGGUGCCGACCACCCAACUCCACCUGUCCCGUUCAUUUGCUCUCAGUGUGGCACAGACUUUUCUUCACUGUGGAAAUGGGAUAAGGCUGCGACACUAGAGAAACCAGCAGUUAUGUGCGACCAGUGUGUGACCAAUAACGUCAAGAAGGCGCUCAAAGCGGAACACACCAACAGGUUGAAAACGGCGUUUGUCCGAGCCUUGCAACAAGAGCAAGAAAUUGAACAACGUUUGGCUCAAGGAGGCAACAUCAGUCCACCAAUUCCGCAUCAUCAAAUGCCAGCGCCGUCACACACGUCCGUCAGUGUCCAUUCCAAGGCUUACGACUCUCUACCAGCAUCAACACAAAUUAUCCCGUUCUCGACGAAAUCGUCCAACAGUGGGCCACCAGCUCCAGCUCACAGUCCUUUGGUGGGAUCGCACUCGGCUGUCAGCCUGAGCAUAGCCGUUGGAAAGGAUCGACUAGAACGAGAACGGGAUCGUGAGAGAGAACGUGAAAGAGAAAGAGAAAUCCGUGAACAUCGCGAAAGAGAGAGAGAACGGGAUCGUGAAAGAGAACGAGAGCGUGAACGUGAACGAAAUGAAAAUAGAGAACGUGAAAAGGAGAGACAAGCAAAUGCAGCCGCAGCUGCUGCUGCCGCCGCCGCCGCCGCUGCAUCCGCCAGUUUCGAUUUUUCGAAAAUGCCCGAUCCAAACAAACUGUUCGGGCAUCAGAUGUCUGCGAUGCAAAAUGCACUGCAAGCCCAAUUGCUGCGAGGUAUGGGAUUGCCGGCGGGGUCAACGUCCAUGUCGAGUCACGCACACAACCCUCUUCUGAAUCCGUUCUCGUCCUUGCUGUAUCCCUAUCAGCUGGCAAUGGCCGCUUCGGCUGCUCAAGCAGCCGCGCAAGGUAGAGGCAAUAGUGGCGGCGGAGCUGGAGGGUCUGGUGGCAGUGGCAACAGCAAUCGAGACAAUAGCGCAGCGGCUUUCACGGCUGCGAGUCUGGCUGAACUGCAACGCCAAUAUCUUCUGGACAUGCUGCCACACCUGCCUAACAUGGCUGCAGCAGCGGCCAGCAGCACGGGCUCCCGGUCUUCACAGGGCCAGAGCCAGGGUCAUGGCGAUGGUCGUCCCAACUGGAAAUCCUGAGCUGGACGUACCCUACUUUACAAACGUUUCUCCUUUUUUUCCCCUUUUUUCUUUCUUUUUUUUUUAUAGCUCCUCUCAUGGACAUUGCAUUCGCACAGGCAGCAAUUUGACUAGCCUGAGCCAAGAUAUCUUUGUUUAUUUUUUUUUAUUUUAACAUUUCUUACGGUCUCGUUAUGAAUAUUCACCCAUUUUUCUAUUGA